GUGAAGGAGAGGGUGGAAUAAUAGUUGACUCUCAGGUUUCUAGCGUGGGAAACUGCAUGGAAGAUGAUGUCAUUAAGAGACGGAGGUGGAGAAGCAAAUUCAGGAUGAGGAACCAUAUUAGCUCAGGUUUGAACAUAUUAGAUUUGUAGUAUCUGGGAGACAUCUAAGUGGAGACAUUCAGUAGGCAAUUGAAUGAUCCGGAAUGAGCUACGGGCUGAAGGUAUUUGCAUAGAGAUGGUCAAAUCACGGAGCAGGGGAAGGAUCCUGGAAAGCACUGGCACUGAAGAGAGAAGACUGAGCAGGAAGGAUAGAAAGCCAGGAGAAAAAUCAGUAAGCAAUGGCUUCGGUUUUCCUUCUCUUUGGGAUGGUCACCACAUCAUAGGGCCUGAAUGUCCGACGACUUUCUGGUAGCAGAAAGAAGAUCCUGUAAUUGUCUGUUUCAGUGGCAGUCUGGUGGUAAGAAGAUUAUUGAAUGAGCCACGGUGUCAGCACAUCAUCAGGUGAAUGGGACCAGUCUCUCUUCUUCCAAAAUAUCAGAAAUUAAGCACUUGGAAAGGAGAUUUGAACAAGAUGACCCAUUUGCAGGCUGGACUCAGUCCAGAGACUAUAGAGAAAGCACGCUUGGAACUGAAUGAAAACCCAGAUGUUUUACACCAGGAUAUUCAGCAAGUCAGGGACAUGAUCAUCACUAGGCCUGACAUUGGAUUUUUACGUACAGAUGACGCCUUCAUCCUGAGAUUUCUCCGAGCCAGGAAGUUUCACCAAGCCGAUGCCUUUAGACUCCUGGCCCAGUACUUCCAAUACCGCCAACUAAACCUGGACAUGUUCAAAAACUUCAAGGCAGAUGAUCCUGGCAUUAAGAGGGCCCUGAUUGAUGGAUUCCCUGGAGUGUUGGAAAACCGCGACCACUACGGGAGGAAGAUUCUUCUGCUGUUUGCUGCCAAUUGGGAUCAGAGUAGGAACUCCUUUACAGACAUCCUCCGUGCCAUCCUGCUAUCAUUGGAAGUCCUUAUUGAAGAUCCGGAGCUUCAGAUAAAUGGUUUCAUUUUAAUCAUAGACUGGAGUAAUUUUUCCUUCAAACAAGCCUCCAAACUGACACCUUCAAUCCUCAAACUGGCCAUUGAAGGACUGCAGGACAGCUUUCCUGCCCGCUUCGGAGGAGUCCAUUUUGUCAACCAGCCCUGGUACAUUCACGCCCUGUACACGCUCAUCAAGCCAUUCCUUAAAGACAAGACCAGGAAACGGAUUUUCCUGCAUGGAAACAAUUUAAAUAGCCUUCACCAGCUAAUCCAUCCAGAGUUUUUGCCCUCUGAAUUUGGAGGAACCCUGCCUCCUUAUGACAUGGGAACUUGGGCUCGGACAUUACUCGGUCCUGACUACAGCGAUGAAAAUGACUAUACUCACACUUCCUAUAAUGCCAUGCAUGUCAAACACACGUCCUCCAACCUCGAGAGAGAAUGCUCGCCCAAACCCAUGAAAAGAUCUCAGUCCGUUGUAGAAGCUGGGACCCUGAAACAUGAGGAGAAGGGAGAGAAUGAGAACACUCAGCCUCUCUUGGCUCUGGACUGAACCCAGAGUCACCCCGAUGCUCCUGCACACCAGCCUUCAGUGCUAUCAGCUAAACAGGAAGCACACCCGCAACCGACCCACAUGGACAUGUGCAUCCUGCCCAACUCGAGGUCCUCCACUCUUGACCCCAGAGAUGACUGUCACCAGCCAAGGGUCUGAGCAGCCAAAGUUGAACAAGGAUUUGAGAGAUGCUUUUUUUUUUUUUAAUUUUUUCUUUCUUUCUUUCUUUUAUUUUUUUAAAAAAUAAGGGGAUUGGAAGAUGAAGCAAGAUUUUUGGCUUUUAUGUUAAAAAAAAUUCUCUCCCCCACUACACUUAAAGUAUCAAAUGAAUUUAAAAAGUGAAAAACUAAAUUUGAUUUACAUACUGCAUUAGGACAAUGAUUUUUCUGAGAAAUCACACAGGAAUCUUCUUCAGUUUUUGCAAAUUAAGUAAACACACCAGAGUCAAACUGUGCAGAGAUGAGUAUCAAGAUUAAUGCAAUGCAGAACCCUGAGAAAACAGUAUCUCCACUAAUUUCCAUUUUUAUUGAAUUAUUUUCUUUGACCUCAUCACCAGCAUCAAAUUGUUCAGCCUAAGAGCACAUUCUCAUAGGUCUGGCUAUUUGCAAAGCUUUCUUAUUUUGAUAUCCUGCGAAAAAUGAUUUUGAAUUUACAUCUUUUUGUUAGGUCACCAGCUGUAUAUGAUGAGCUGACUUCAAAGGAUGGCACAUGCAGUUUGAAAUAUGAUUAUUUCAUCUUAGCAAUGGGGUGUACCAUAGGCAUCCUGAGAAGCUAUUAGUCCAGAAUGUGUCUGUAGAGAGAAGGGGUCUCUUUGAAAAAACAUAUCAGCGAUUAAUAAAUCCAUUCAAGUUGGCUCACUUGUGCCACUACAGCAAAGAAAUAUGUUACCCAACCAUUUAACUCCCCACCCUCCUGCAAUCAUUGAAGGUAUGGAGAAAUGGCCCAGCCAUUGCUGAGUGGGUAGAUAUCCAAUCAUGGAUGGCUAAAUAUGCAAGUAUUAAGAUAAGACCAGGAAGGCAGGAU